GAAUCAAUUUGAUAUCAAACAGAGAGGGUGUUGUUGGGACGGGAUGCAAAGAUCAACAUAGACAAAAAUUCAUUGAAUCAUUGAAGCUUCUCUACUUCAUAGACCUGCGUACAUGCACCUUGCAUCAAUUGAACCACUUCACUUAAUGGAAAACAAGUUAUGUCAUUAUAGAAGCUGUUGCUGUGUUAUAAGUCACUCAUGGGCAAAAGUAAACAGAAAGGGGGAGGCAAAGGGAAGACGGAAUCUGCUGUAUUCAAGGUUGCCGGCAUUAGGAAACCCAAAGUCAAAUCCGUCAACACUAAUCUAAAGAAGUUGAAUUUCAAAAACAAACGGAAAACCGAGGAAUCUAACAAGGUUUUCAAGUCUGUACAAGAGACUGUCGCACCGAAUACAAAGCCAGCCAAGGAAAAACCUACAUCCGAGUCAUCUGCCAGAAAGCCUGUACCAGACAUGGAGAAAGCCACACAACAGUUUGCUCAACUGUAAAACUUGAAAUGCAACGGGAGACAAUUCUAUUCCGUAAUUUGACAUUUCACCCUGUACACGUCCAAGAAAAAGAAAGCGAACAUUUUUGCAAUCUUAUUUUUGUGUUUUUAUUUUCAAUUGGAAUGUAAUACACAGACUCUUAAAUGUUAUAUAUAUGUGUAAAUUUCACCCAAGCAAAGACUUGCAACAGGUAGCUAAAGUAAAACAGUGUAUUGCGUAUAUGAAAUAAAUCAUUAAAUGUA